AUGACCAUGAGAUCGGAUGUACUGCUACCAAUGCUUGCUGUAACAAUGCACCUGCUCGUCGGAGCACAGUACGUGUCAGGAACAGGGUUGUGCGACCCUUGUCCGAGGGACUCGAAUCAAACUUGUGUGUGUCCUCUCGACCAGCUCCUCCUCGAUGGCUUGUGCUGCGACUGCAGCUCCUCCUCAACAGCCAUGCUCCAGCCUGCCCUGGAGGUCCAGGGACAAGGCAACAACAUCUCUCUUGUCAUCAGCGUUUGGAACGUCUCCAACCAUCCGGCAGUCAAGUGCGGAGGAAGUGACGCCUUGUGCGAGCCCUUCAGCGUCUUCUACACGCUUGACGGCAGCACACCGCAAGCCAGCAGCUUCAUCGCAUGCGCGGAUGGAGGAUGGCAGGGCGAUAGAUGCAUGAGUACCUGGCAAGACGUGACGCUCAGGAUGUGGGCCAGUGUGACUCUACGAGUGAUUGUGAUCAAGCAGGGGCUGAAUCCGGACACGUGCAUGGCGUAUGACUUCACGAGUAGAAGAACCUGCGACUCGCCAUGGGAGAAGACGCAAGACAUCGCAUUGAGCAUCGAGAGUCCGUUGAUCGCUGUCAACCAAUCGUCCGACGGGUUUGGUCCCAAGUUGGUGACCAUAAGCACCAACAUCCCUCAUGAGGAGCUGGCGAGAUUCAAUGUGAGGGAGUUCUUGUUUGAGCUUGUGCUAACAUUCUACCCCAAGCUCGCUAUCAAGUACAAAAUUUGCGACAGACAGAUCCUACAAGACAACGAGCUCGAUUGCCGUACCAGCACGGACGAUACUAUUUACUCCCUCGACAUGGAAUUCAUUGACGUCAUGGUAUGGAAGAAGCGCAUUCAAUGGACUUCGUAUACAGAGCCGUUCAGGUUGACAUCAACCGCGACAGUCUUGACCUUCAUUGCGCAUCAGGGCGGCUAUGGCAGCUCAAUCUCCUCGCAAGUUGUUAUCGUUCGCAACCUCGUCAUAUCCGACCCUCCUCCUGCUCGUCCGCUACCCCUUGGCUCCAUCAUAUCCUUAACUUGCCAAGAUCCACACACCAAGUUCUUUGAGUUCUCCAUGCACACUCGUUCUGUGGCAUCUUCCAGCUCAAUCUCCAACAAGGCUAUGCAGACCGUCGACUGCGUGCCCGGCGCGACCCCUCGGGUUGAGUUUCCGUUACCCUUCGUCGCGGAUAUGAACCUCACAGUCAAGGCGACGGAUGCCCAGGGGAACGAGACGUGCGAGCAAACAUUCUUCGAGUUCAAAAGUCCGGCGAUCCAAGACAGGAACAACGACUUUUGUCCUCCCUUCUCGUCGUCAGUCAGAUCGGCUCUCGUGUCUGAGUUCCAGCAAGUGGGCAAGAGCCUUGAGAGCCUGAGAGGAGAAAACGACGUCAGAUCCUUCAUACAGGUUAUGAUCCGCAAGCAGAUCUUGAAUGAGACGCAAGGCUGCGAGCUGCUGCAGUUGAGAGGGUUCAGAUGUUGGUAA